UAUCAUGGACAUUGAAUGCAAGACACCAAAGCUCCUAUGCAGAAGGAUGGACAAGACUGCUUGCGAAUUACCAUCCAGUGCCGAUAUGAAAGAGCCGCUGAAACCCUUCCCUCCCUCUGACAUUAUACUUGAGGUAGAAGGAAAGGAUAUACACCUUAAUAAACAGACGUUGAUGGAAAGGUCACCCGUAUUUAAGACUAUGUUUGAAUCUGACUUCAUUGAAAAAGGAAAAGAAAGGAUACCUCUGCCAGGAAAGAAGUAUGAAGAAUUUGUGAAUUUUUUAUACACUUUUUAUAACCCCGAACUGGUGGCUCCAAUAACCGAGAAAAAUGUACUGACGGCAGGAUCUCUGGCAGAUGAAUACCAAAUCAUGGACCUCAAAGAUAAGUGUGAAUCAUUUAUCUUAGACCAUUGCAAACAAGCAUCUAAAAACAGGGAGAUCCGUAUUGAUAUAAAAACUCUGCUGGAAUAUGCUUCGUACGCCGAAAAUCACAAUAUGACUUUGGCUCUUUCUCUGAUUAUUAAACUUUGCUCAAGACACAGUGCUGAGUCUUUGAAAAGGGCAAAACUCAAAGCGAAAGUUUCAGCUGAUACGCACCGAAAAAUUUUGGAUAUUCGAUGCUCUCUCAUGGAACGCCAAGUAGCAACCUCUGUAGAAAAAGGAGAUGAAACUAUUUCAGAGUUAAUGGAAUUUGCCUGGGAGACUCAAGAUAAAGAUAAAAUGAAAAAAUGCGAAGAACGUCUCGUGGCUAUUUGCGAAAAGGCCAGCCAAGAUCCGCCUAAAAUUGGAACACUUACCAGGGAAACAAUUCUAGAUUACAUAAUUGCUGCUGAAAGAUUUAACCUGGAACGUCUUUUGUCGUCUGCGAUCGAAGUAGCCUCUAAAUGCUAUUCUUCAUUGAUAUAUGAAGAUAAAUAUAAAGAGAUUUCAAAAUCAACACAGUACGAAAUAUGUACAGAACGCGUUUCUCUCCUUGAACGAGAAUGUACAGUAGAAAGUGAAAAUAACUUAUUUAAACCACCUCCUGUCGAUCGCCCUAGACAUAAAAAUCGUAAAUGGUUUUAUUAA